CUCAGUUGCAGUGAAUCCUCUUAGAGGUGGAUUAUUGGACUAGGAUCUUUACACCGACAGGGAACGAGGAAGACAUGGACUGAGAGAAAGCAACUCAGUAGGAGAUAAAGAGAAGAAGAAUUUGAAUUAAAAAUGGAGAGAACCCCCUGGCCCAAACGGAGCCAUGAGUGGGACCAAAGAUGCUGUGUAGCUGGGGGAGGGCCAGCAGAGCAUCACAUGCUGAAGCCUAUGCUCCCACAUCCUAAGCCCACCCUCGGGGAAAAGGCAGGGGACAGACCAACCCUGUGACAGCGAUGGGUUUGACCUCAUUCAGCCUCCUCAGCUGGAGCGUGGGCUUCACCCUCUGCUUCCUGUUGCUCCCGGAGGCCGAAGCAGACAACCUGAACACUUCCACUUCAAGCAACGGUGGAGGAUCACAGUGUGGGGAGUACACAAACCAGCUGUUGGAGGAUGGGAUGUGCCGGCUGGUGGCCACGUUGCCUCAACUGGACGAGAGAAGGUGCCCGGAUAUGUUUCGCUGCUCCGACGAGGUUUCCUACUGGUUGCACGAGAACGAGGAGAGGAAGCAUCAGGUCGUCGCCCUGAAGGAGACCAUCUCCGAGCUGCAGGAGGAACUCAGGAACCACCGGCAUCGCAUUAAAGUCCUCGAGCUGCAGAGCGAAGAAAAGCUCCACCUGAACAUCUCGUUGGAGCAGCGUUUCCAUGAGCUGGAGGUGCAUUAUGCUGAAGCCAGCUCUCUGCUGCAUCUGCAGGGCACCCUGAUCCUAGACCUUCAGAAUCAGCUGCAUAAUCUGACUCUCUUAAUGGACAAAGUCAGAAGAAGCUCUGACUGUUCCAUCAACGUCGUCCGGCCCAAUCAUUUACAGAACACCCAAGAAGCCCUGCACCCAGAGAUCCAGCAUGUGGGGAACUGUCCCAUAGACUGUGCCUCCAUCUACUACAACGGUGUGAGGAGAUCAGGUCUCUACACUGUGGUGCCAUUACUGGCAAGCAUGCCUGUGGAGGUUUACUGUGACAUGGACACGGACGGUGGUGGCUGGACUGUGAUCCAGCGGCGAGUUGAUGGCUCUGUGAGCUUUGACCGCAGCUGGAGGGAUUACAGGGAUGGAUUUGGUGACCUGCACUCGGAGUUCUGGUUGGGCAACAACCACAUCCAUGAGCUGAGCACCCAGGGAGACUACAGCCUCCGCAUCGACCUGGAAGACUGGAGCAUCCAGCACAAACAUGCCCUCUAUCAGAGCUUCAGUGUGGAGGACGAGGAGCAUCAGUACCGUCUUCACGUGUCAGGUUUCAGUGGCACCGUGCAGGACUCCUUCGGCUGGUACCACGACAAGCAGCACUUCAGCACUCCGGACACCGGCAACAUCUGCGCCGAGAUCUCUCACGGCGGCUGGUGGUACAACCAGUGCUUCUACGCCAACCUCAACGGAGUCUACUACAGGGGAGGCCAUUACAAUCCGAAAGGGCGCGGCUCACUGGGUCCUGAUGGGAUAGUCUGGUACUCCUGGAAAGACUCGGAUUAUUACUCUCUGCGCAAAGUCAGCAUGAUGAUCCGACCGCGCAGCUUCCACACACGCUCGUCGCCCUGAACGACUUUAGCCAGGACUAAGCUUCAGGCCGAGGAACGGAGCCUCUCCGAGCAGAAAGGAUGCAACUGAGGAAACAUAAACAUCACUUCGCUGAUUGCAUUUGGCAAUUUCUCUCCCAAUGCUUGUUGACCCAAGGAGCGGGCUCUGGAAAAGGAUCUUUUCUCGAAAUCGUUUAAACUAUGCAAAUGAAAAAGGACCCAUACUAUAAACUUUAUUCUAGAGACCAAAGAUUUUUUUCCACAGUCAUGGAAAGUGUUCAUUUGUUUUAUACAGUUUUGUAUGGUAGUUUGGGACAGUUUGUCAGUUUUUGACCUUGCCAAGUAGAGGAAUGUGUGUAUGAUGUGCUGAGAGAGAAAACAAUUCCUCCGUUAAAGCUGUUCUCUCUCAUGAACGUGUGUUUGAGCAGGUUUUUGACAAAGUUAUCUCUGUUUUGUUGUUUUUGAAACCUCAUACGUUUAUUCCACCAACUCUAAGAGUCACAAAUAAACUCCUUUUAAUCCUGAACUAAA